CUUGUAGAUGUGUAUUCAUGUGACCAUAGCAACAUACAAUGAGUUGUGUUGUGUUUUGGUCUAGAUAUUGUGGAGUCAUUUGGAAAGAGACAGAAACAAUUCACAGCCAGACCCCAGUAUAUUUCUUUCUAAACUGCUCUCAUGGCUGAAUCACUGUCUCUGAAAAGAUCAAAAUCAUGUCUUCUCAGCCGCUUUGCGCCCUCUCCUUCAUUAGGCGAACUUCUGGCCAAGGAAAGGGGCUUCGUUUUGGAUUGUGUGGCUGUGGAAAGAAUUUCCAAAGAUUAUAGCUGCUCCUUACCGAAACUUGGCUCUGUCAUUCCACCGUACAACGCUCAAAAGGACCCCCACAUCAGCGCCUACUUCAGAACUAAACCAGUUCCACCUUUGCUGAAGAAAACAGGACAGGUUGGUAUAACAAUUAAAAUGUUACUGUUAACACUAAAAAGGCAGCUUGUUGCUUUUGGGUUGACAUAAGGGGAUAAUGCUGUGAUAUUGGGUUUAUUUCCAGGAAUUAUUCACUAAAAACCAUAAAAUAGUGAAUUGAAAACUGAACUUCGAAAUUAAUUUUAAAAUUUGUUUUUUCAAUUCACAGCAAUUCAGCAUUUAGUGAAUACAUUCCUAUGUAAAUUUAUAUAUCUUAUAGCCUUGUCCUUUUUUGACAUGCGUAUAGGUAUACACUGAUCAGCCACAACAUUAAAACCACUGACAGGUGAAGUUAGGGGUCAAGUCCUGGGGAAUAAAGUGCGGGAAAUCACCCAAGCCCCCCCCCCCUCACCCCACCCCCCAAAAAAUAAAUAAUAUACACCUCUGUGCAUAUAUAAACUCGUGCACACACACACACACUGACAGGUGCACACAUACACACAUACACUCACAGACACACACACACUCAUAUACACACACACAUAGAUGCACACUCACAGACACACACACACACACAGACACUCACAUACACAUACACACUCACAGACACACACAUACACUCACAGACACACACAGAAACACACACAUUUUUAAUGUUUUUUAAAAUUUAAAAAAGUCCACCCAGCCUCCCUACCUGGAGAGCUGGCGUGGACCUGUCCCUGGGGUCCAGUGGGGCUUCAGUAAGGUGGGCGCCUGUCUCCCUGUCAGACGCGGCGAGGGAGCUGAGUUCUCUCUGAUCUUCUCCCUCUCGCCGCACGGGCUGUCUACUGAUGCUGGGAGCUGGAAUAUGACAUCAUAUUCCGGCUCCCGGCAUUAGCAAACAGCGCACGAGGGAGAAGAUCAGAGAGAACACAGCUCCCUCGCCACGUGUGACUUGGAGACAGGCGUCCGCCGGGGGGGUCCAUCAGGUCGCCAUCAGGCCACCUCUUGGGCCCCCCCAUGACAGGGGGGACAUGGGGGGCACUUUGGAGCGGCAUUUUUUGCCACCCCAUGAGUGCCUGCAGGAGUAACGGGAACGCCAUUCCCACGUUUUCCUGCAGUACUCGAGCCCUGGGUGAAGUAAAUAACAUUGAUUACAAUGACAAAUGUCAAUGGAAUGGAAUAUAUUAGGCAGCAAGUGAACAGUCAGUUCUUGAAUUUCAUGUAUUGGAAGCAGGAAAAAUGGACAAGCGAAAAGAUCUGAGUGACACUGACAAAGACCAAUAGUGAUGGCUAGACAAGCUGGCCAGAGCAUCUUUAAAACAGCAAGUCUUGUGGGGUGUUCCUGAUAUACAGUGUGUUGUACCUACCAAAAGUGGUGCAAGGAAGGACAACUGGUGAACUGGCGUCAGGGUCAUAGGCGCCCAAGGCUCAUUGAUGCUUGUUGGGAACGAAGGUUAGCUCUUCUGGUCCGAUCACACAAAAGAGCUUUGAUUUAUUUUUGGCCGGAGGAGGCAGUGUUAUGAUUUGGGAAAUGUUCUGCUGGAAAACCUUGGGUCCUGGCAUUUAUGAGGAUGUUAGUUUGACACGUACCACCUACCUAGAGAUUGUUGCAGACCAUGUACAAACCUUCAUGUCAACGGUGUUCACUUUCAGCAGUAUAAUGUCACACGCAAAAAUUGUUCAGGAACAUGACAAAGAGUUCAAUGUGUUGCCUUGGCCUCCAAAUUCCCCAGCUCUCAAUUCGAUCGAGCAUCUGUGGGAUGUGCUGGAACAACAAAUCCGAUCCAUGGAGGCUAUAUAGAACUGUUUUGCCAGUACCAGGGGGACCUACAGAAUAUUAAGUAGGAGGUUUUACUGUUGUGGCUGAGCAGUGUAUGAAUGUACAUAUAUACACACACUGUGAAAUAGUGGUAGACUAAAAAAGAAAAAGUAAAUGUAAAAAAAAUAAUUAAAAAAGUCUGCUACCACUGUACAUAUUGCUCACCUUAAAGUAGUGGAGUUAGUGGAGAUUUAUCAUCUGAAUAUAGUAAAGUACCGUAUAUUGAGGUAUUACUGUAAAUCAUGCAGUGACAUCAUCAUCAUCAUUAUAAAUUAUUUGUAACUCAGGAAGAUGACAUCAUCCACUUCAAUUACAGCAAUUGUAGAUAGGCCCCUCCUAUCUCGAUCUGCAGCAUCUACAGCAAAUAUAUCACCUCCAUUACAGCUCUCUGGGAAUAAAUGGAUGAAUGACUUCUCCUGAAUAAUGACACACCUAACUUCCAUAAACAAUAGAUGGAACUGCACUUAAUACCUGUUAAAUCUGAAGCUGGGUGCAACCAAACCAGGCCCUAACUUCAAUGACACUUCUUUGUAGAAGGAAAACUAAUAUUUCCCUAAUGACGGCUGAAUAAUGCAACACGUCCCCUCUAGGACACCAGUGGUAUGUGUGUGUGUCAGUGUUACUGUGUGUUCAGCCUGUUGAUGGCCAUGUGUGUCAGCCAUUAAGGCUAAUAAUCCAUCUGCUGUACAAAAAAAGUAAAUAUAUAUAUAUAUAUUUAUCAUGACAUUUAAAAUGUACAAAUGUUAUGGCAAAAUAAUGCAUAAUAUAUAGUAAGGAAAUUUUGGAGUUCUGGGCAAUUUGCAACAAGAUAAAUAUAAUUUUAUUAAUAUUUUUGAAGCAUGAAGAUAGUGCCUGGCAGUGAAGGGGUUACGUUUCCAGCCAUUAUUUUUUGCUUUUCAUUGUCAUUAAUUGCCUGUGGACUAUUCAUGCAUGCUCUCAGGGUUAUUCUGUAAACUGUGAAUUGUGAAUUCACCAGCAGGUUAAAAUUUGAAUCCACUACUAGCGGUGGAAUAAAAAGGAGUUGGGGACUUUUUUCGGUUCCAAUAUUUUAGUCACUGUUUAGAGAAGACAUUCUACAGUCAAUAAUUAGUAAAAAAAAAAAAAAAAAGACGAUUGUGUGAUAUGUCAUUGUAUUAAUAUUCUCUGCUAUUUCAGGAACGUGGAGGUACGUCGACCUAUGGUGUACUGGCUGACCGCUUCCAAUUCACCGGAGCAGCUGCUCAUUACCUACGAACCCGAAAUAAUUCUGGUGCAGGUAAAAUAAUGUACUUAUAAAUGUUAUACUCCUUAUAUUCUAAAGUAUGUAUUCAUUACCAGAGGAUUUUGUUUAAAAAACAUUUCCACUUAUACAGUACAUGAAAGGGACACUAUAUGCAAUCAGACAGCCACUAGAGGCGCUUCCGGGUUGUUAGGUGACUUUUGGUCCGCUUGCUGGAGCUGGACAUCCUUACAAUUUGCAUGAGGGCAUCCAGUAUCAGUUAGAACCCCACGGGAAAGCAUUGAUUCAAUGCUUUCCUAUGGGCUUGUUAUAAUACAAUCGAGGUGAUUGCCACGCAUGCGCAUUAGGUACAAACAUAGAGAGGGCCCUGGUGCAAGAAAUGUUUUUGGGCCUCCUCUAUCACAAGGGUGGCAGAAAGGUAGAUACCCCUCUGUCGAACUCCCAUGAUGCUGAGGAUUUGCCAAUCCUUGCAGGGCUGUAUUUGUGAGCAGUUUUUGUGCAUUUAAAUGUAAGCAUGUUUUUGUAUAGAGUAUGCGUGUGUAUUUGUAUGUACUGUUGCUAUUGGAAUGCAGUGGUGUGCUUGUGUGUAGUGUUUACAUUUGAAUUCAGGGGUGUGUUUGUAUGUGUUAGCUUUUACAUGCAGCUAUGCUUUUGUGCAGUGGUGUAUCCUGGUUUUGUGCUGCCCUAGGCAUGAAAAAACUCAGGCGACCCCCCCGACCCCGCGCCACCCCACCUUUCCCCCCUGACCCGCCUUCUAAAUACACAGACACGUAUACACUAGCUAACAAACAUACACACUCACUAACAGACACAUACAGUCACUAGCAGACACACAUUCACUAACAGACAUGCAUACACUCUCACUAACAGACACACAUAGUAACACACUCCCUAACAGACACACUCCCUGACAUACACACACUAACAGACACACACACACUCACUAACAGACAUGCACACACUAAAACACACACUCACACACACUAACUGACACACACUCAAUCACUAACAGACACACACACACUAACACACACACACUAACAGACAAACACACAUGUAACAGAUCGACGGGCACCCCGAUCUGUGUACCUCUGUUGAAGGAUGCUCUUAGCGCUUCCUGAGGGCUCCAAGCACUCCAGCCGACACCAUAACCACCGUAGACUCCUCCAGAGAGCAAGGCAGGAACAAGCUCUUACAAGAGCUUAGGAGUGAUUUUAGCAAGGGAAUAUGAAGAGCACAGCAAUCCCUUGUAGCAGAUUCCCCCAAUAAGAGAUGGCACUCCAAAUUGAGGGUGAAGUAGAACUGCCAGAGCUGUGGGUUUAUUGUUCUUAUAUACACAUUCUUACACAUUAGUACCACCCACAGGGUUUUGUAAAACAACCAAUAAACACGUACAAUACACUCAGACACUCCCACACAAAAUCCUCCCCUCUGCUUGUGAUACAAUUACCUUACACAAUGGGUUAAUGUAAUUAUCACAGGCAGGAAAAUACACAGUUUUACACAAUAUUCAUAACUUUAAAAGUAUGCAUCACAUUCACACUUACAUUCACUAACUUACAUUUUCAGAAUCAGCUUACUCCAAAUACAAACAUACGUCAAAAUCAUACAAAUUGGUCCAGUGGGUCAAAAGUUAGAUCGAAGUCCUUUGUGACCAAAUGAAGCAUGGCUUUUCUUCCCAAAACCGGUUCCACAGAGUCUUCUAUCCUGGAGAUAAUUGGGAAGUAAUCCAAUUAUCUCCAAGGACAGAAGCAAAACUCCAUUAGCCACAUGGUAGCAAAAGACAAUAAAAUACCUAAAUAUAUAUAAAUGUGCAGCUAUUGCAUAAAACAGGUACAUUCAACAUAUCCCCAGAUAGCUUAGAUUAUUCCUGGAUGGUGCUCAGAUCACAUACAUACAGUUCAAUUGCCAUGGAGCCAAAGUCUUUCACAUAGUCUUUCGUUAUACGAAUGGGCUCCAUGGCAUAGCUAUCUGGGGUAUCACUGUUCAAAUAGAGAAAGUACCAAAUGACCCGGCUUUUGGGUCUUUGCAGGGGAAAAUCAAGCAUUUUAACAUGGGGCUAUAGUCACAGGGCAGGAGGCUUGCACUCAGUCUUCUCCAAUGCCCAGUGGCAAGGCUGGUUCUGCCACAACACACUCACUAACAGACACACACACUAACACACAUACUCACUAACAGACACACAUUCACUCACAUUAACACACUCACUCUUUUUUUUUUUUUUUAAUUCACCCCCCCAGCCUCCUUACCUUUGGAAAUGCUGGGGGGAUUUCUCCUUUCCCUGGGGACCAGUGGGGCUGCUGGGCGGGCUAUUCCGGCUAUGACGUCAUAUUCCGGCUCCCGGCCUCACUCUGCGGUGCGCAAGGGAGCUGAGCAGAGAGCUCAGGGGAAAGUGCUUCCUCACCAGCGCCGCCAGACCGACCGGAUUUUUAGUUAGCCGCCAGGCUAACAAGACAUUUGCCCUGGGCAUUCGAGGGUGGCUUUUUUUGCCGCCCCCUGGAAAAUGCCGCCCAAGGCAAAUGCCUUGUUUGCCUUGCGGCUAAUACGUCCCUGCUUUUGUGUGUAGUGUUGGAGUUUGAAUGAAGGAGUGUAUGUAUAUAAUUUUAGAGUUUGAAUGCAGCGGUGUGUUUGUAUGUAAGAUUUGUGUUUAAUUGCAGGGGUGUGUUUGUAUGUUGUGUUGGUGUUUGCUGGGAUGUAUGCACAUACCAACAUCCAUACAUACAUACAUACACACUUACAUAUAUAUCAGACACAUUAACACACAGAUACACACAUAUAAACACACUGACAUAUACACACACAUACACAUGGGCCACUUGAUAGGCCCCCUGAGCGCACGGGGCCCCGGUACAGCCGCACCAGCGGUAGAUGAUUCCCAGAUCUACUAGAUUUUUUUUUUUUUUUUUUAAUUCUUUAUUUAUAACAAGAUUAGAUACCACAGCAAAACAAUCAUUACAAUGCAAUAAGAGGACAAACAUCACAAACAAUAUUCGAUAUUAAUCAGAAUACAACAUGAUUAGCUGCCCUUACAACCAAACAUGUUCACUGAGUAUGACAUACGUCCUCCAACCAUUAUUAUCUGUCUACUGCAGCCUCCAAUCGAUUUUAUAUUAUAUAAUAUACAGAAUCCUGUCUGACUAAAUGGCAGCUCGUUUCUUCAUUCCACCUUAACCUUUAAUAAAUAGUAGGCGUCAAACCAAACUAUCAUAUGCAUAUCUAACGUGUAAGGUCAACAAUAUUGUAGUACCAUUUAACUAGCGCUCCGCCAAAAAAGGCCCCACAGCCCGCCUCAACCCAAAAAGGUUCAUGUUAGCUAAGUGAUCACUGGACAGUAGCCAGACAGGAAGUAAAAAUAAGGGAAAAAGAAAAAGAGAUAAAAGGAAGUGGAAAAAAAGAAGAUUAACCGUAUGGAAAGUACCAUAAGAGUAGAAAAUAAGAGGAGAAUAGGAGAGGGAGGGAGUAUGCUGGUGGUAUUCCAAGAAUUGGCAAUAAUGCUAGCUCGACCAGUCGGCUGUGCAGCCAAACCUGCAAAGCCUAAGGAUGGACCUCCAAGCCCAUGAGGAGAACUAUAGACCGUAGGCGCCUCAGUGGGGACCAAAAGGACCAACUAAGCAAUGGAACUAUAGAGGUGCUAUCCCCCCCAGAGUCAGCAGAGGUAUGUUGGGGUAUGAAGGAGACGAGCCCGUCCCCCUUCCCCCUAAUCGCCAACCCCGCUUUCUAUCCACGGGCCCCAAAUUUUGGAUCUACUAGAUUUUUAAUACAAGUCUCACUCAUAACUGUUUUAAUUCAUUAAUUAAAAAUACAGUGAUGGACUGAAAUCAAUGAAUUAAUCAUAGAGAGAACACCAAAGAAAUGUAUUCCUGCAGCAUAUAAAUUCUACAUACUGGGAGGAUGCAUUGACAUACAUUGUACAAGGGCGGAUUUUCCUUGCACAUAAUACAAACAAAAUAGAAACACUGUGGAACAUGACGCAUUCUUAUAUUAUGUACAAUAUAGUGAAUUAUCUAGGUUGAUAUCAUGUACAGGUUCUGUUCUAUUAAUAGACAAACCUUUUUUCAGGUCAUUCCGCAGACUAUACCAGAGGCCACGGCUUGUUCCUUUCUUCUGUAAGACCUAUUUAUGGAUACAAUGGAACAUAUGGAUACAGAAGAAAUACCCCGUCAUUUAGGAGACAGCCUUCACCGUUUGGCAUUGUAACCUCUUCUCCGAUUUACUGAAACAUUUAACACUUACUAUUAUAUUAAGCCAACUUCACUUUAAAAAUAAAUAAAUGUUUAUUUAUUAAUAUUAAACUGAAUAAAUGUUAACAUUUAAUGUGAUCUUAACUGGAGUAAUUGAGAUCCAAGCAAAUGAUAUCACGUAUAAUAAUAGGAAUCAAAUAAAAGGAACAGUUAGCAUUAUUUUUUAGGUGGGUGUUAUUGAUUUAAUUUUUUUAACCUUUAUUUCUAAAUUAUUUUGAUGACAUAUCACGCUUUUUUUUUUACUUGUCACUGUUAUCUUAAUUCAAGAAACAAGAGUGCUGUUUAGUUGCAAUAAUAACAAGGGCUUAUGACUUAUUUUCCUCCUAUUGAGCCCUACACCACUCUCUAACCCUAAAUGAAAUAAAACUGUAAAAAUGUAUUUUACACCAGGCAUAACUACUUCUUUUCAUGUUAUAGUUUUCUUCCCACCACACUGUCACCAUCUCCCUGUACUGGUAUAGUAUUGUCCCCUCCCUAGUGUCACCACUGCACCCGUCACCCUACCCCAGCAUCACCAUUCCUUAUUUACUGCAUCACCUGCUACCUUUCCCAAGGUCACCAUUCUCUUAUCCCAGUGUACCACCUUGUCACUUUCAGUAUCCCCUCUCUGGACACAUCAAUAUCACCCUCUCACUACCCCUGUUUCACACUCUCUGCUCACCCAGAUCAUGUGUCCUCCCCAGUAAUCAUCAUUUUCCAAUCCCCUCCCCAGUGAUGCCAUCAGCUACCCUAAUGCCAAUGUUUCACCAAUCCCUCUCUCUAUGUUAGUGGUAGCUCCUCUAGAAGUAGCUGGUAGGUUUCCAGAGUUGGCUGGGCUCUGUGUUUUGUAUAUAUUCUCAGUUUUUAUGCUGGUGACCUCUCCUCUCCCGCCGACGUCAGCUCCCCCGUCCGACGUCAGUGGAGCCGAAUGGAAGACAGCCACAAGAGGUUGGAUUAACCCUUUCUCUGAAACUGCUAUGUUUACAUCUGAAGGGUUAAAACCUGAGGGACAUUGCACCCAGACCACUUCAUUGAGCUGAAGUGGUCUGGGUGACUAUAGUGUCCCUUUAAUCAAAUGGCCGUUGUGACCCCAAGGGCUGAUUGGUUGCUUCAGUUCACUAAUCUAGAAUAUCUAUUUGCUUAUAUCUAAAAUAUCGAGGUGUACGUGUCCAAGGGAAAAUGUUACCUGUGUUCGAAAACGGCACAAGUAAUACAAUUUUGCAUUCACAUUUACAACAAAUCCACCACUCCAAACAGUUUCAAAGAAUCAUAUCCUUUGUACAAAGUCCAACAUGUUUAAUGAUCAUGAUCUAAUGAUAAAAACCCUCUGCAAAAUAAAUAUGUUUAUUUAGCGUGUCCAUUGCUUUUAAUCAGCAGAAGUAAAAACAAAGGAUUCACAGGUGUAUGACAGCCAAAC